GACCUUUUGAAAAUGAUUACUGGCCUUUUAAUUGUUUAUCUUUCUCUUUGGAUUUGCUUUUUAACUUAACUGUACUUAGUUUGUUGUAAUUACUUAUUCCAUAUCAAUUAUUUAAUGUUGUUCAUACAUUUGUUGAUCUGGUUUUGUUUUGCUUCUUCUGGUUUUACUCUAGAUCACAGAGUGUCUGCUCUAGUUUGCUUUUAUUGUGCUCAUUAAAUGUGGAAUUUGAGUAGUUUCAUACUUUUUCACUGUUAGCAUUGCUGAUUUCUGUGUUUGUACAAGCAUUUAUUAAUUUGCAACUGCAUUGCAGUGUUGUGGGGUAGGCAUAGGUCUCACAGCUUCUAGUUUGCUUCUAUUUUGGCUACUUCUUAUCUCAACCAUUGGGUAUUUUGCCUUCUUUCUUUAUUUUCCUCUCAUUAAUUGCAUUUGUCUUGAGGUGGCUUAAAUGUUCUUACCUUCAUUUGUUUCCAUUCACUACUUUUGAGAAGGAAAAAUGGGUUGCUUUCAAGACAUUUAUUACUGUUUAUUACCCUCUUUGCUGGGUUGUUUAGUGGACAUCUUUCUUCUUUAAUGGCCCGGACACAAUUCAUUGUCUAUAACGACCUCACGGCUUUUUGUUGCAGAAGCUUAUUUCUUCAUACUCAGGCAGAUUAAGUAAAUUAUUUGGUAAAUCAACAGGCUCAUCAAGAAAUUUCAAAGUGAUAUUCAAUGACUUCCCAGGAGGGGCUGAAAUUUUUGAGCUAAUGUCCAGGUUCUGCUACAACAAGGGCAGAAUUAAUAUAACUCCUUACAAUAUUUUACUCCUCCACUGUGCCGCACAGUUCAUGGAAAUGAGCAGCUGUGUUUCUGGAACUCAGAAUUUAUUGGAACAGAGUGAGAAAUCACUUCAAGAGAUUAAUGAGUGGACAUGGUCUGAACUAUUGAUCACUAUAAAGCAGUGCCAAGGCUUAGUUCCCUUGACGAACUCUUUAUCUGUUCUUGAGAAAUGUAUGGAUUCCCUUGUUGGUAAGAUAGCUUUGUCUAGUGAAUCAAGUCCAUGUCUAUCUACUUCUUCUCCUGAUAGCUCCAGCAUUCGGUUUUCAUGUGACACUAGAAGCACUGAGAGUUUGAAGAAUAGCUUCUCUCGAGCAACGUGGUGGUUUGAAGAUCUUUUGUUUCUGAGUAGUGAUUUAGUUAAAAUGCUGGUAAAGUCUAUGGUUUUUCAGAAAUUUGAUCACCCCAUCAUUAGUAGAUUCCUAUUUUAUUACCAGAAAACAAAGUCCCAUUCAGCCACAUCUAAUGAGAAGCGAGAAAUUGUUGAAACUGUCAUUGAUAUGCUUUAUAUUCUUGAUUGGAGCUCUGUUUCGUGCAAGAGUCUUUUUGGUAUUCUUCGCGUUGCUUUGAAUUUGAAUAUAAGCAAAAGUUGCAGGAACAAAUUGGAGAAAAUGAUAGGUUCUCAGAUGGAUCAGGCAACUCUAGAUAAUCUUCUUAUUCCUUCUCCUUGUAGGAUGACUCACUUGUAUGAUGUGAAUAUGGUUUUAAGGUUCCUGAAAGCAUUUCUGCGUGGAGGAAAUUGUCAAGUAAGUUCAAUGCGAUUAAAGAAAGUUGCAAAGUUGAUGGAUUUGUAUAUAGCAGAAGUAGCUCCAGAUCCGUGUCUAAAACCUUCAAAGUUCUUAGCUUUAGCCAUGUCCUUGCCUGACUCUGCUAGAGACUCUUAUGAUGAAAUCUACGGCGCUGCAGACAUUUAUCUAGAGGUGCAUGCUGGAUUAUCUGAAGAAGAAAAAAUGAAGAUAUGUUCUUCGUUGAACCAUGACAAGCUCUCAGCUGAAGCUUGCAUACAUCUUUCUCAGAACAAGAGAUUUUCAUCAAGAACUGCAGCGCAAGCUCUCAGAUCUCAGCAACUCAAGCUCAAGAGCCUACUUCAAGGAACUAGCAACUCAAGACGCUAUGGCAGUUCACCUUGUAGUUUUGAUGAGAUUGAAAACAAGGGAAAAACCAAUGAAACCAGUGAACAGAUCGUGCUUUUCGCUGGGAAACUUGAGCUUUCAACCGACAGUGAGAAACUUCGGGCGCAUUUGCAAGGAAUGCAAACAAGGGUGAUGGAAUUGGAGAAAGUAUGCAGGAAAAUGCAAACCCAGAUGACAAAAAUCGUGAAAUCAAGAGUAUCAAGCUCUAGCAAUGCCAGAUCCUUACCCAAGCUUUGUUCAUGAUAGAAAGUUCUUUUUCUUUUUGAUAUAUAUUUACAUGUCUACAAUGUCUUCCAUUUGUAUAUAGCAUAUGAAGAUAUCUUUCUCUCACUCUUUUUGGGUCUCUAACAGUUUCAUUCUGCAAAUCUAAUGGUAUGAAGAAAAAUGGAUGAGACAUUGGUUGUAUAUACAUCAAUAGAAAGACUUGUGUGUAUUUUGUCA